AUGGAGAAACUACUUGUUGGACAAACAAGGAAUGGAGCUUCGAAGAUUAAGAUCGUCUGGACACUUGGACCGGCGUCUAGAUCUGUUGAGAUGAUCGAGAAGCUUCUCAAAGCUGGUAUAAAUGUAGCCCGGUUCAAUUUCUCUUAUGGUUCUCACGCAUACCAUCAAGAAACUCUCGAUAAUCUCAGAACCGCCAUACACAACACUCGCAUUCUUUGCGCCGUCAUGCUCGACACAAAGGGUCCUGAGAUACGAACUGGUUCUCUCAAAGAAGGAAAACCAAUAGAACUAAUCCAAGGUCAAGAGAUUACAAUCUCGGUUGAUUACACCAUACAAGGGGAUUCAAACAUGAUAUCCAUGAGCUACAAGAAACUUGCAGAGCAUCUCAAGCCUGGUGACGUGAUUUUCUGUUCUGACGGCAUCGUCUUUCUCACUGUCUUGUCCUGUGACAAGUCUCUCGGUCUUGUUCGCUGCCGAUGCGAAAACUCUGCGGUUCCUGGAGAAAGAGAGAAAGUUCAUCUCCCUGGGAUUGAAGUUGACCUCCCGACACUUACAGACAAGGAUAAGGAGGAUAUUCUUCAAUGGGGAGUUCCGAAUAAGAUCAAUAUCAUUGCUCUUUCCUCUGUUCGUAAAGGAUCUGAUAUAGACAAGGUCAGGAAAUUGCUUGGAGUGCACCGAAGGAGCAUCAUGCUUAUGGCAAAGAUUGAGAAUGAAGGAGUGGCGAAUGUAGAUGAGAUUUUGGAAAAAUCUGAUGCACUCAUGGUGAUUUGA